AGACAGAGGAGGAUUUCUGAAGAGCACAGUAGCUGGAACUGCAGCAUUUCAGAACAGCUGAGAUGUGCACAGCAAUCAUGAGUGAGACCACGAAGAACUCCUUGGAGAGCUGCCUACAGCAACUAAAAUGCCAUUUCACUUGGAACUUGGUAGAGGGAGAAAGUUCCUUGGAUGAUUUUGAAGACAGAGUGUGUAACAAGACUGAGUUUCAGAACAGCGAAUUUAAAGCCACGAUGUGCAACAUACAGGCCUACAUAAAACACUGCAGGGGCCAGCAUGAGGCCGCCCUGGAAUGCUUACGGCAAGCUGAAGAGUUCAUCCGGCGAGAACACGCUGGCCAGGCAGAAAUCAGAAGCCUGGUCACCUGGGGAAACUAUGCCUGGGUCUACUAUCACCUGGGAAGACUUGCAGAAGCUCAGAUUUAUGUAGACAAGGUGAAACAAGUUUGCAAGAAGUUUUCCAGCCCCUACAGAAUUGAGAGGUCUGAGAUGGACUGUGAGGAAGGGUGGACACGGCUCAAGUGUGGAGGAAACCAAAAUGAAAGGGCAAAGGUGUGUUUUCAGAAGGCUCUGGCAAAGAGCCCUAAGGACCCAGAAUUCACCUCUGGUCUGGCCAUCGCAAGCUACCGUCUGGAUAACUGGCCACCUCCUCGGAAUUCCAUUGACCCUCUGAGGCAAGCUGUUCGCCUAAAUCCUGACAACCAAUAUGUCAAAGUCCUCUUGGCUAUGAAACUUCAAAAGAUGAAUGAAGCAAAUGAAGGAGAGAGGUUAGUUGAAGAAGCUUUGAAGAAAGCGCCAUUUGCAACAGAUGUGCUUCGCAGGGCAGCAAAGCUGUAUCGCAGUAAAGGUGACCUGGACCAAGCUAUAGAACUCCUUAGACAGGCUCUAAAAUUCAUGCCAAAUAAUGCCCACCUACAUUUCCAUAUUGGGUCCUGCUAUAGGGCCAAAGUCCUCGAAACGCAGAAGAUGGCAGAGAAUGAAAUGUGUGGGAAAAGAGAGAAGUUACAGGAACUAAUAGGACACGCUCUCCAUCAUUUAAGGAGAGCUGAAAAGAUCAAUGGAAAUUUGUUCCUUGUCUGCUCCUAUCUCGCCUGCCUCUGUGUGCAAGCUGGUCAGUAUGAAGAAGCAGAGUAUUACUUUCAAAAAGAAUUCAGCAAAGAGCUUCCUCCUGUAGCCAAACAAGUCCUCCAUCUGCGAUACGGCAACUUUCAGUUGUAUCAUAUGAAGUGUGAAGAAAAGGCCAUCCACCAUUUUGUAGAGGGUGUGAAAAUAAACCAGGAAUCAAAGGAGAGCGAAAAGAUGAAAAACAAACUGCAAAAAAUUGUCAAAAUCAGGCUGUCUAAAGAUGAAGCAGAUUCUGUGGCUUUGCACCUCUUGGAGUUUCUUCAGGAUCUGAAUGGAGAGAUGCAGCCAGCAGAGGAAAACUCUGAGAGGGAUUUGGACUCUGGAAACCUCAUUCCUCUAGAAUCUUUAGCUGAGGAAUAAAGAAUCAGAAUUAUGGCGCCCAUAUGGCUACUGCUGGAAGGGAGCUGAAACCCCUCCAACCGAGUUGGUAUUCAAAACAUUUAACAACUGGUAUGACCGAGGUAUACUAAGACUCCGGCCGCAGAACUGCAUCGGGUUAUAGAGGAACACUAUGGCCAAGUGUUAACAUUCGAAUUGCCCAAGGGAGUUCUGGCAGAGGGACUAGAGUGGGGGGUAAGUCCUGAGGUUUGGUAAAGGGGCUGUUUUCCAACCGACCUCUUGAAAGCAGUUUGCAUGGUGACAUUUCCUUAGCCAUCUUCUGAGGGAUGAUGUCUUGGCUUUGUUUCUAAGUUUCCCUAAAGCAGCCAGAUAUCUCACACCUGUAACACAGUGGUCCGUUUUUGCAAAGGUUUUCCAUCCUUUAGAGUCAUCUUAGCUUCUGUGUUGGAAUUCAGAGCAGGCUGCCCCUAAAUACGCCAAAGUGGCAUAUUGAUUAUUCUGAUUUUGUUACUUGAGAAACAGCCAGUGCAAGAAGAACACUCUGACUCUCUUCUGAAAGCAGGAAAUAAAUUUCCCAUGUGAAAGGUACCCUCCCCUGCAGGGAGCCAAGAAGAUAAAAGAAGCCAAGGAAGGGAGCUUGCCUGAACAGUGCAAUGAGGGCAGGUUCCUAAUCAGGAAAAGGGGCCUGUCUGAACGGUGCAAUUCUGAGGGCAGGUUCCUAAACAAGGGGAUGCCUGCCUGCACGGCGCAAUUCUGAGGACAGGCCCCAGAAGACAAUAAGGCUCGCCCGCUGACAUAGGUGGAAAACUAAAUUUCCCAGGAAAUAAUCUCCAUUUUGCGUUGCUGAGUGGGGAUUGUUCCAUGGAUGACUUAGUCUUUUCUGUUAUUCACUUGUUAUUCAGUUUUCCUCAGCCUUUCCUGAUUGUUUAUUUAUUAUUCUUAUUUCCCAUUCUUAUUUUCCUGUAGUGAUUUGUGAUUUAACAAAAUUACAACAAUAAUAUAAUAAGAAUUUCAUCCUGAAGGACUUUUCCCUAUUCAUAUCCAACUUAAUUAAAACAUAGUGUUUAUCUACUAACUAGUUACAGUAAACUUUAGAGUUAGGAUUUUAAUGAGGUUCAUAAAAGUUAGAUAUAUAUUAUUCUUGAUCAAAAGAGUUUUGUCCUUGAUUUUAGAAGCUUCUAAGUGGUAGCUAAUUAAGUUGAUUUAUAUUUUCUUAUACUGUCUUCCUGCCAUAAUGCUUAAAGAUAUACAUUAGUCUAAAAACAAGAUUUGUAAAUGCCAGAUUUUUGUGUCUAUAACCUCUUCAGCUUGUGGGAAUUGGCUGGCUAUGAGAUGGUUUGUGCUGAGUCUCCUCUUUCCCACAUGAUAUGCUACACCUGUUUGUCCUUGAAUUGUACUCAUUAGAUUUAGUUAAACUAAAGAUCUUAAAACAUGAUGUAUAGCUGCUAUACCAUGUAAUAGUUAACCAAUGUACUUUUAACACUGUGAUGUAAUCUGUAGUGAAAAACUGUCUAUAUAAUCAACCACUUAUGCCAAUAAAAUUUGAGCAGUCCAGCACCCUGAAAGAAGGGACAAAGAGGCUGUCUCCAUUCUUUAGCCGACGCCGUCCAUCUUCUUUGGGAAAGUGUACACUCCCUGGCCGCCGAAGCUGGCCUCCAGCACUCCCCGCACCAGGAAAUUGAGAAUCCUUGUGGCUAGAGAUGGGGAACUCAGGGCUGAGAUGGCUAUGUAAACAGCUCUGCUUACACUCUCCACUAAUUAAUUAGUACCCAAACCUGUUGCUUUAUCUUGUCAAUUCCUUACACAUUUAUUAUUUCUUUACCUAAAAUAAGGUAUAAAAAGUGCUUGCUUUUGGUCACUUCUUAGGCUGUAUCUAUGAGAUCUCUGUAUGUAUGAAAUUAAAUUUGAUUUUCUCCUGUUAA